GCGAAAUGUGUUUAUUCAGCUAUCGGCGACAGUCGGACAGGUGCACGCAAAUGCCAAAAAUGAACUCCGAAUUCUAAGUGUUUUAAGUUGUUUCCUCGUCACUCUUGCUGAUGAAAUGAGGGGCAUUUGGCGUCCACGGACUUUUGUCUUUUUGUACUUCAUCUUUUCAACGGGAGGGAUACUGUGGCUUAUCGUGAAUUAUGAUUCAUUUUGUGCAGAGUCGGCAAAACAUGCCAGUCAUAAACACCCAUACCUCAUGCAUGUCAUCAACGAGGACUACAAAGCGAAACAGAUGGAACUCGUGAAGAUUGAGAAGAGGCUGAAGGAAGAGAGGAAAAUACUCCAAAAUGUGGUCGUGAAUCUACGCCAACAGUAUCCCCAAGCUAGGGACAGUAUCAUGGACCACUUGAACGUCCUGAACGCGAGUCUACCCACGAUCUACGCGAUCACGCCGACUCACACGAGGCCGGUGCAGAAAGCGGAAUUGACCAGAAUUUCUCAAACGUUCCUCCACGUCCGAAAUUUCCACUGGAUCGUGGUAGAAGACUCCAACACAAAGACCAGCCUGGUCACGGUGUUCCUGAAAAAGAGCGGCAUGAAGUACACCCAUUUAAAUUGCCGGACGCCAGAGCCCCACCGGAUGGGGGAGAACGACCCCAACUGGUUGAAACCGAGGGGCGUGGAGCAGAGAAACACGGCCAUUGAUUGGUUGUUGGAAAAUGUGGACGCCAAUAAAAAUCCCGGAGUUGUUUAUUUUGCUGAUGAUGACAAUACAUAUGAUCUACGAAUAUUUGAGGAGAUGAGAUACACGGAGAAAGUUUCCAUGUGGCCCGUCGGCCUGGUAGGAGGUCAGAUGUAUGAGAGCCCUCGUGUGGACCGCAACGGUAAGGUUAUCGGCUGGAAUGUGGGCUGGCAGCCCCAGAGGCCUUUCCCAAUGGACAUGGCCGGUUUCGCCAUCAAUCUCAAACUACUCCAGGAGAAGUCCUAUGCAAAGUUUUCACCCAAGGCCAAGCGAGGCUACCUAGAGUCAUCCCUGCUGGUCAACUUGGUCAAGAUGGAAGACUUGGAACCCAAAGCCAAUAUGUGUACACAAAUUUAUGUGUGGCAUACAAGGACGGAAAAACCCAAGUUGAAGUACGAGGUCAAGGAUAGUGACAUUCCAAUGGAAGUAUGAACCAACAACUCAGGAACUAAUUA